CGGGACCAAACUCAGGGGCCACCAGGAUGUCUCCCAAGAUCUCCUUCUGGCUGCUCCUCCGUUUGGCUGUCCUCCUGGCGGCUGUGCUGGUCCAGUCCGGCGAAGGGGCCACCUACCGGGAUUUCCAAAACCGGCACAUCGAUUUCCCGAAAGCCAAUGCCCCCAACGCCAACUCCUAUUGCAACCUCAUGAUGCGGCGGAGAGGCCUGACCAGGCGCUCCUGCAAACCUACCAACACCUUCAUCCAUGGCAGGCCGAACGACAUUCAGAAUGUUUGCCGCGGAGGAGGGACACUUGUGAAUCGCCGCCGGCAACUGUAUGACAGCAGGCGGCGUUUCAGCGUCACCACCUGCCGCAACAGGGGCCGCCAUCCUAACUGCAAUUACGUCGGCCGACAAGAGAACAGGAGAAUCCGCCUGGGCUGCAGAAGCAGGCAGCCGGUACACUUCGACAGGCUCCGGUAG